CAUGUACUUAUAGCCCCAAUGCUCCAGGUCUAUUAAUAUUUCAUUAUUAAGGAUAAGCUAGUAGUAUUGGACCACUAGCCUUGGUUAUAACUUAUAAUCAAUCAUCAGACAAAAAGUAUGUUUAUGUAGCAUAUUUUGUGCCCAUGUAAAAUUUAUUGUAUCAGAACUUUCCCUAUAGGUUAAAUAUAUCACCUUCUGCUCAGAUGCUUCUAAAUUACAGACUAUUAAAAGCCAUUUCAAAUCUAUUAUAUAUCAAUUCAAACUCUGAAACAUGUAAAAUGACAGAUGUUGGUGGGACCAGUAACUUUAAAAGAAAAUAGUGCGUAUAAGUGAGGAGAAACUUGUCUAUAGCUGAUCUCCAGAGGGCGCAUCCAGCUCCUGAUACUCUGCGUCUGAUUACGCGGGGCAGAGCAGAGCUGUAUUACCACUCUCUGAGGAUCCAGACAGUGUGAGCCUGCAGCAGGAUGACAGAGAGCGGGGAGUGUGCCUUGCUUCACGGCUGCAGGCAGAGAUGGCGUCCUGAUGCCGGUGAAUAAGCAGAAAAACAGAGCAGAGGGAGGGGAGAAGGAUGCGGGCAGCGGAUGAUGAGAAGCUGCAUCAUUCAGAGCAUCACAUGGCAGGAGGUUACUCUCUCUGAUGACGAUGACAGCGCUUUGUGGAUAAUUACGGAUCUUUAUUGUUCCUUUUUACAUGAGCUUUGAAACAGCGGUGUGAUUCCUCAGAGGGGCGGCGGCGGUGGGGGUUUGUUGCCUUCCUCGGUUGUUUCUCCCUCCUGCGGGGCUCUCUGCCUCAGAGGGCAGAGGGAGGGAGUGGGGCGAUGGCUGCCGGUGGAGCAGGAUGCGGGGACACGGUGGAGCAGUACCGGGGCGAGGUGGAGCGCCUGACCCGGGAGCUGGCGGAGGCCAACCGCGAGAAGAUUCGAGCGGCGGAGUGCGGGCUGGUGGUUCUGGAGGAGAACCAGAGCCUGAAGCAGCAGUACGCCGACCUGGAGGCCGAGCAGGAGGCGCUGAGGCUGGAGCUGGAGCAGCUGCAGGAGGUGGGCUCAGCAGGGGCGUUUGGCCACGCCUACUCCACCCAGCGCAAGGUGGCAGAGGAUGGGGAGACCAACGAGGAGACGCUGCUGCAGGAGUCUGCCACAAAGGAGGCCUACUACAUGGGCCGCCUCCUGGAGCUGCAGGCGGAACUGAAACACAGCCGGGCCACAGCCUCCAACACCCAGGCCGACAACGAGCACCUGAGCACCGUGCUGCAGGAGCUCAGGGAGCAGAGUAACGAGAUGCUGGAGCUGCAGCGCAGCCGGAUGAGAGAGGAGAUCAGGGAAUACAAGUUUCGAGAGUCGCGGCUGCUGCAGGACUACACGGAGCUGGAGGAGGAGAACAUCUCUCUGCAGAAACUGGUGUCAACGCUGAAACAGAAUCAGGUGGAAUAUGAAGGUCUGAAGCACGAGAUCAAGGUCCUGGAGGAGGAGACGGAGCUCCUCAACAGCCAGCUGCAGGACGCGCUGCGUUUGAAGGAGAUCUCAGACGCCCAGCUGGAGGAAGCUCUGGAGUCUCUGAAGAGCGAGCGUGAGCAGAAGAAACACCUGCGCAGGGAGCUGGUCCACCACCUCAGCAUGUGUGACGUGGCUUACACCGGCAGCGCCCACCUGACAUUCACCUCUGCCCCGCCCAGCGGCACCGCCACCCCCACAACUCUGCUCUCCCCCAACACAGAGGAGCCGACAAGAUGUAACGGCCACCUCCAGGGCGGGACAGGAGCAGGGCCAGCUGCAGGGCCUGUGCCCAGGGCCAAUGGAGAGUGUCGGGGGCCAGGUCGAAAAUCUGAGGGAGCGACGACGCUGGACCUCUACAGUGAGAUGAACCUGACUGAGAUCCAGAAGCUCAAGCAGCACAUAAUGACAGUGGAGCGUGAGAAAGUAACGCUGAUGACGAGCCUGCAGGAGUCCCAGACUCAGCUCCAGCACACCCAGGGGGCCCUGACCGAGCAGUAUGAAAAGGGGCUCCGCCUUACCCAGAAAGUCACCGCCCUCCGCCGCCUGCAUCGAAGGGCCCACAGCAGUGUCAUCUCCCAGUUCAACCCCGACGCCCUGAUGGAGCUAGGCAGAGAUGAGGAGGAGGCUGAGGGAGAGGGAGAGACUGGGGAGGAUAAGAGCGAGACACUGACCAGAAGUCAGGUGUUUUCAUACCAAACGCCGGGUCUGGAGAUCAUGCAGUGCAAGUACCGUGUGGCCGUGACAGAGGUGGUGGAGCUAAAGGCGGAGCUGAAGGUCCUCCGUGAAAGGCUGGCUCAGUGUGAGGAGGCGGCGGCGGAGGAGAGGCCGAAACGAAACAGUCAGCUCCACAAGAUGGAGAGGCAGGCCGCCUCGUUGGAGAAGAGCUGCCGGGAGGGACGCGAGAAGAUUUCCAGUCUGGAGUUGGAUUUGCAGGCAGCUCAGUCCGCAGCCAAUGAGAGCCAGGGGGCGCUGAUUGCAGCUCAAGACGAGCUGGUGAUGCUGAGUGAGGAGCUCGCCCAGCUCUACCAUCACGUCUGUCUGUGCAACAAUGAGACGCCCAACCGCGUCAUGCUGGACUACUACAGACAAGGCAGAGGGCUCAGGGGCCUCAGUGCCAGUCUCAAAGCCAUGUCCUCGGACAACAGCAAAGUUCUCCUCACACCACGCCUUGCCAGGCGGCUGGCCGCUGUCGCUUCCACAACCUCAAGUCCUGGGGAGUCGCGGAGCCCCUCGGAGUCUCCAUCCAAAGAGCCCCUGUCGAGGGAGGGUGGAGGGGAGGAGAAGGAGGGAGACAAAGAGGGCCUGCAGAUGCCAUCUGAGCAGGGCCCAACGGCCUGCACCCCUCCAACCCGGUCACCCAGUAUCAGUGCCUCUUCAUCGUCAUCAUCAUCAUCAUCGCCUGCCAUGGAGCCGGCCGGUGAGCUGCGCAAGGAGCCCAUGAAUAUCUAUAACCUCAACGCCAUCAUCAGAGACCAGGUGAAGCACCUCCAGCGGGCAGUGGACCGGUCUCUGCAGCUGUCCAGACAGAGAGCUGCAGCCAGGGAACUGGCCCCUCUGCUGGACAAGGACAAGGAGAGCUGCAUGGAGGAGAUCCUGAAGCUCAAGUCUCUGCUCAGCACCAAGAGAGAGCAGAUAGCCACCCUCAGACUGGUGCUCAAGGCUAACAAACAGACGGCAGAGGUGGCUCUGGCCAACCUUAAGAGCAAGUAUGAGGCAGAGAAGUCCAUGGUGACUGACACCAUGAUGAAGCUAAGGAACGAGCUGAAGGCACUGAAGGAGGACGCCGCCACUUUCUCCUCCCUGCGAGCGAUGUUCGCCACCAGAUGUGACGAGUAUGUGACCCAGCUGGAUGAGAUGCAGAGACAGCUGGCAGCAGCUGAGGAUGAGAAGAAGACUCUGAACUCCCUCCUCCGGAUGGCCAUCCAGCAGAAACUGGCCCUUACCCAGCGCCUGGAGGAUUUGGCUUUUGAUCAAGAGCAGACCCACCGCACCCGUGGGGGCAGGCUGAUCCGUGGGAAGACUAGCACCCCCAAAGUAAGUGCCCCGUCCUCGGCUUCGGCCUCCAAGCCAGCCCAAGGCUCCACUUCAGCUUUGGCCCCUGGCAGCCUCCCUGUUUCUGGCCUUACUAGUCCUACAUCAAUUGUUCCUGAUGAUCCCGUUGUGCCGCUCAGCCCGUCCAUGGUCAGUGCCGCUACUGCAGCCCUAGCUUCAGCUCUUACCUCCCCUACCUCACACAUAUCCCAUUGCAGUCCGUCAUCACCAGUGGCCACUUCACUGGCUGGCCCUCUAGUGCCAGAGAGCCCCCCAUCUCUGGAGGCCCCCUCCACUCCCUCGGCGCGGACCCCACCCUCAACCCCUCUGAGGCUGGCUCAUUCCCAGUGGACCCUGGGGGUGCGGACGUUUGUGGUUGACUCCCAGAGUUUCAAUGUCAAUAUCUCCCCGACUCUGCCCCGUAGCUUGGGGAUGUCCAGGCACUACACUUCAGACACACACACCACUCCACCACCAUCCACCACCACCACCACCACCACCACCAUCAGGCCCACCCUGCCAGGAUCUGCCCCCUCUUCUCCAUACCGCUCCCCUAAUCUGGGGCUCAGGCGCUCUACGUGGAGCCCCUCACCUCGAACUCGGCCCCUCUCUAGCCUGACACGCUCCUCUGUCCUCUACACUCCUUCCUCGUCCUCCCCUUACUCCUCGUCCUACUCCCCUUCCUCCUCCCACAGCUAUUCCUCCGCUUAUUACAGCUCCUCUCCCGCUUUUACGCCCUCUAGCUCCUACCUCGCCUCUAGCACCUCCACCUCCUACAGCCACUCCUCCCACUACACACCCCUGUACCCCAGAUACUACAGUUCUUACCGGCCCCGGCACUGACCCGCCCCACUGUAAAUCCUUUGCUAUAAGCCUUUUUCAGCCUUUUCCACCAGGCUCCUUAUUGAAACUGCAACUCCCAUCAUGCCUCUCUUUUCUUCACCUGAGAGAUUGGGGGCUCACAGAGAGGAGGACAGAGUGGUUUCCUGUUUCCCAGUCCCUGUUUUCCUGUGCCUAAGCCUUGGCCAAUGGGUUCUGAAUGUUCAGUGACUUGCUCAGGGAUUUGACAUGAGGAGCACAAGCGCCUUCCUUUUAUUCUGAGACUGCUGAUUGGUCCACAGGAGGGCGUUUAAAAAAAGAGACUUUUUAUUGGGAAUUUUUAGUGUUUAUGUUCUUCAGGUUGAGACCACACAUGCAUGAAGUGAUUAAAAGAGACAGAGACAUUCAGACAUUGAUGGGACACUUGGCGGACACUUUCAUAGCUUUGAAUGAGGGCCAUGAUACAUUAAAUACUGUCCUCUAUAUUCAGUGUAGUAUCCACUCUGUUUUUAAUAGUAGUGAGUCUCAUAUACUGCAUUGUACUCGGAUACUUAAGGGUUCAGUAUGGUUCAAAUGAACUAGGUACAAAGUGUCCUCCAAACGUGUCUGGAGUCAACAGUGUGUAUCAUUUGGGCGGCCACAUUCAAAGGUGGGGUUAAUGGUAGUGAAUGGUACAAAAAAGCCUGCAGGUUUUUACACCUACACACACUUGGCCAAUCGUGUGAUCAAGUCAGUGUGGUUGUUGGAUAGUUUUUUCAAAAAGGUACAAAACUUAUUGGACACAGCCUCCUAAACUCCAGUAUUCUAAGAGUGUGAGGGGAUGGUGUUUGAGUUUCCCACAAGAAAUUAGUUUGAAGCAUACUGACUCCUUUAGGGUUUCAACUUUGAUUUCACACAAUAAUCUCACAGAGACUCACACACACACCUUGUAUGAUGAAGUAGCUGUGGGUAAGGAGUGACGAACGCGUCACUGGUAUUCACUGGAUAUAUUGUCAGGGUGGGCACUGCUUUCCAACACAAACCUGUGCAUCUCAAUGACUAUUCUUCAUUUCCUGCCUCGGGUUGUUGCCAUCAACACAACUCAACCUUUAGCAAUUAGCAUUUUUGUCUCUCACUAGCACCACCCAGUGGUUUGUUCUUAUAGCCAUGUACUCAGCUAUGCAUGUUCACGUUUGGAUGCUCUGAUUCUGCAGAUUUCCUUCCCCUUCCAUAUGAAAAAUGUAUCUGAUAGAGGUGCAGACUGGAAGAGAAGAAACUAUGAGAAGGAGGAAGUGGAGUGGAGAGCACUCAAACAUGGCAUAUGACCACUGUAGGAUCAGCUGAAGCCCAUAGUCUAGUCACUGUACAGGUUGAGGUGUGUCUCAGUAGUCUGAGUCGCUUUCUCCUCAUGUUUUAUUUGGAAAUGCCACAAGUAAAGGAGGGAAUGAAUCUCAGCGAUAGUUUUGGGUGAUUCAAAUUAAUAAAACAAGAUGAAAUAAGAGAGUGUAACCACAUGACCACAUGACUUAGUAUCUUUAUAUCCACACAGUUACAGGAAGAGGAAGUGAUCACAGACUUUUUAGACACACCUUCAUGGCUGACUUCAGUGAACUAUCACACCAAUGAUGUAGCACCCUCUUGUGCCUCUGAGGUCAUCUGCAGAGGUUUGUCCAGCAAUACAGAAUGAAUGUAUUCAGGUUAUGUGAAGGUUCGUUCAUGGCACUGCACCAAACUCAGGGAAUGUGAAAAACUUCAUUCGACCUGGAAUCGCUUAACAACCAAACCAGAAUGACUACAAGCAUCACGAUAUUGUUUUUUCGCUGGGAGAGCAGACCUCCCAGGUUAGAAGGCACCUAAGGUUAGUGUUAGGUUUAAAUCGAUUUUAAAGGUCCCAUAUUUCACACUUCCAUUGUUUUUAUUUGUGUUUUUUGUAUAAGUGUUGAUCCAUAAGAAGAUAUAUUAGUGGUUUUUAAGAACCAAAAACCAUCUCAGUGUAGUUUUACAUCUCCUCUCUCAGGCUUCUCUCUGGAUAAUAACUCUCUAAUAACAACAGGUCGGUGAGCCAAUCAGAAGAGGGUGGAUGGUAGGCGGGGCUUAGGGGCAUGGCUCGGAGCGGUGACUGCUUCGUUGCAACAUCACAAAGUUUCAGAAGUCUUGACGGCUAGUUUUAAGUUUCUGAAAACAGCAUUUCUCUGUGGACUGAGCGCUUUGAUACUUUCACAGUAUUAAUACAGAACCUGGACCUGAUCUAUAAUCAAACAACACAUGGACAUCUACCUUUAGACUAUAUGGGACCUUUAAAAGAACAGUCUUCAGAUUUAAGAGGUUUUACAUCUUACGUAUAGUCACAGGAGAAGACUGAUAUCAGUUUCAUGUACAGUGUGUCCAGUACAGAGAUAAGUCUCAGAUGUGUGGAAAGAACUAGAAAACUGUAGCAGUUGGUCACGAUCACAAUACAUAAGAUGACACCAUAUAAAAAGCCUGAAUUAGCCAAAUUUUUAUUGGUUUGCACUUUUGUAGCAGCUUAUUAAAAGUGAAGCCAGAUAAAUGAAAUAGGUCCUUUUGACUGAAUUUAAGUUCAUUUCAGAUUUUGAGCAGUUGAAACCAUCUUUCCACUAGUUUGUUCACACUUCCCUUAAGUCUUCCUGAUGAAUGGUGGAUAUUGUAGCUGUCAGAGACUUCUGACAUCUUUAACUUUUUGACAUGAACAGCUGUUCCUGCUCUGCUGCUCGUAAUGAAGGUCUGAACCUGUUUCGUCAGACCCCAUAUCCAGGCAGCAUCUCCAUAAUGAGAACCCCCCCCCCCCAGCAUGUGGUUAGCUCCUAGACACCAGUACAUCCUUACCUCUGUACUCGAUUCACUCAUUCAUUGAUGUUGAUCUUCUCUUUUGAGCUGAAACUUAUUUCUUAAAAUGUAUUGAUGUACUUUAACUGUUGACUAACAUCAUAUCUGAGGUCCCACCAGUCCAGCACACAUGAUACCGUAUUCCCUGUGUCUGUGUGUGCCUUACAGAACCUGUUAUACAGAACCAACACAGUGUAGCCUAAUAACUAAUACCUGCUCUGGCUGAUUGUCUUUUGUCUGGACACAAAACCUUGUAAUGUGCUUCCUUUAUUUUUCAUUUCCACAUCUGCGCCUCAGGCUAAAGUGCUGUCGUUUUGUGUAUUUGUUUUUUAUCUUGAAUCACUUUCUGUGGGUUGGAUAAUGACUCAGCUGUGAGACAAUACUUGUAACUGUCAGUAGAUCUUUUUUUGUCUGGGUGCUGGGUGCUGGGUGCAGCCCACAUCCUCUUCAACUUUCCUUCUUUAUCUCCUCCAUUGUUGGAACCUUUAAACACCACUCUUCUUCUUUCUUUCAACCUAUCACUGCUGAAUAUUUACCCCUGUCUAAUACUGUAAAUGGAUGCACCUUCAUGCCUACAACACACAAGUUUUUCAAUAUGCAACAUGGGGCAAAAUCACAUUUGACAGGCAGUUGUCUUUGCCAUGAUUGGACAAUAUCUUGCCUUCAUUUUUUUUCUACCUAAACCAUUAAAGCUCUGUGUCUGUAAUCUGAUUUUUAAAGUUGCAAAUUGCAGUGAAGCUCCUGCUCGACUGACAUUUUCUUUUGAAAGAUGUAUCAGCAUAAAAUGUUUUCGACACACUCAGUGUGCGACUGAAUGUUCAUUCACAGUACAUCCCUCCCUGAUCUGUACUGCACUGCAGUCAGCACCAGAGCUGAUCCAUUCUCUGAAGCCUGACCUCCAUGAGUCAUUCAAAUCAUACUGUCAGGAGGAAAUGUACAUUACUUCCAUUAGAGGACCAAACUGGUGUUUCAGUUGUUUACACAGUUUAAUACGAAUCACAUACUUCACUGAUGGGCGUUUUCUACAGAGUGCUGAUUGAUUUUUGAUGUUGGAUUGUUUUGCCUUCCUCUCAGCUACUGGUUUUCACUUAUUUUACAGUGUGAAAACUAACUUGCUAGAUCAGGGGCCGCUUUCACAAAGAUAUUUCACACUGGCCUGUAGUGUUGGUCCAGUCUUCAUUUUGCUCAUAGAUUAGUCUAAUGCAAGUAAGACUCACUCAUUUUAAGCCAAAACAUUAGACACCUAACUCACAGGCUAACUCAGGCCAAAUACCAAUGUUACCACGGUAACAAUCAGUGACACCUGCGCUGACCAAGAAAGAAAAAAAAAAAAGAAAAACAUGGCGUAUAAUUUGUGGUUUGCUAACAUUGUUAUGGAGAGAGAAACGAGAUGGGAAAUAGUUUCGAGAGACAGCAGCCAUUUUUUUUCCAAAAUGUUUUUUUUGUUGUUACACUCUUCACACACUCUUGUAACUGUUGAAUUCUUCCAAAAGACAAACCUUUUCUGCUAAAAACAGAGCUGAGCAGUUAAAUGCAGUUCCUCGGGCGACCAUUUUGUUUAUUUUGAAAAAAAAUAAUAAGACAGACUUAGACUUAAGAAAAUCAAGAAUAAACUGCUUUGUGCAAGGGAUGAAUUUAGACUCAGUCUAUCUGAAUAGAGUCUGAAUAGAGUCUGUCUUUGUGAAACUGGCCCCUGAUCUAGAACCACCUGCCAAAUACAGUACACUAUAAUAUUAGCAGCAGAUCAUGUUGGUGUGCCCUGCACUUCAUACAUUAUUACCCAGUAUAUAGCUGAGAAAAUAACCUCCUUGAACCUUCUGCUCACCUGCUGGAGUGCUGCAGUGUGCAGUGGCUGGAAGCUACAGUAUAUUACAGCUAUUCUAUUCAAUAAAAUGGUCGUCCCCCUAUUAGUGCAUUUGUAAGAAUCCUUUCUCAGUUGAAGUAAAUCAUGUUUUUUUGAGACUUCACAUUCAUAAAACAUCCUAUAAUAUAAUGUCCCACCUUAUAGGUCACUAAGAGUGUCCUGUGGGGAGUUUGUAUUUUUAAAAUCCUUCCCAUAAUAUAUGUUAUGAGAUGCUCAGGAGAUAAUGAUGCAGAAUUUCAUGUCAGCAUUCCAGCUGGGAAGAAGGAAAAACAUUAAAAUACACCACAGUGAGAUUUUGACAACUAUCAGCAGUAAUGUUGAUCAGUUUUAGAAAAUGGGUCAAACCAAGGUACCUCAUUGAUCACUAAUUACACACCCUCAGCCAUGUGGAAAUGGUUUGGGGCUACCUGAAGUUACCUGAUGCUAGUUUGAGAUAUUUUCAGUCAAGUGCACAUUCUUUUGGUUCAUAUCUUAGUGUGAUUGUCAGCUGUGCUGCAGGAUUACUCAGACAGACUAAUAUUUAUCUAUUAUAUAAUAUUUCUUCAUUCACAGCUCGAUUGGACAUCCAACAUAUUUAUGUUUAUUGGAUGCAGAGUUGAGAAAAGAGGACUCAAAACGAAGGAACAUUAGGAUCUGGUGUGGAUGUAAUCUGUAUGUUGGCUGAGGUAAAAGAAGGAACCCAGUGUGAUCUCCUCUCUGUGACACCCCCCUCCCUCUGUCUAAACAGAUGCACACUUUACACACUCACUCACUGACACACACGUCCCUCCUGUCAGACCUACAAACCUCUGCAAAACUUUUAAAUUUAACCAGUGAGAGACAACAUGAAGUCUGUCAAAUGUUGUUUUCUGCCCCAUGACUGGGAAACCAGUGUCAUUCAUAUGCUGUUUUAGAGUGAUCUCUGUGGUCCUAAAGGAAAAGAGUUCAUGCAACAGACAUGUGUUGAAGUUGAUUGGCUGCAGUUUGAUUGGUGUCCUAAUAUCUCUGGAUUGAAUGAUACAGUUAAACAUUCUCCAUGGUUUUAAAUAAAUGUGACGUAGGGUUAGAGAGAAACAUUAUACUGAGGUAUUUUCCCUAGAAUACUGUACUGGUGACAGUAUUAGGUGUCAUCAUGCGCACACUCAUCAGGUGUUCUUGAAAAUGCUGACUUCAUUACAGCCAAAUGAAAUGAGUUUUGCCAUACAGACAUUUCAUAAAGCGACACAGAAUCGAUCUUCGGUGAGAAAUUAUCUCAGAGAGGGAUCAGAACUACGCAAGCUGAGAAAGGCCAUAAUCGCAAAUACCUUUUUAUCCCGUUAUCUCAAGAAAAUAAAGCUUAUUAUUCCAAAAUAUUAUCAGGAGAAAUUGAUUCUUUGUUAUCUCAAGAUAAAGAGAUAUUAUCAGGAGAAAACAUUUUCGACUGAACCUCAUACAAGUCACAAGUCAUGAGUAACAGUUGUCCUUAGCAACAAUCCUCAUAGUGCAGCAGAUAAUGGAAUAUUUCAGGAGAAGUUUUUCAAAUGUGGAUAAGAGUAUAGUAAACUUGGCACAAAUCCUCCUUGAGUAUUACUCUUUUGAUAAAACACAGUCAUAGCCAUUCAAGAUGGCCACCGUUUCCAAGAUGGCUGACAUUUCUGGCAAGGAAAUGUCAUUUUUUCCAAUAUGAAUGAUCUGGGUGUCAAAUCAAACAUUUUAACAAUGUAGAUGGUGAAAUUUAGUUCAUUGUAAAACAUGAAAAUUUUAACUGUUUACCUACAUUUUACAAAUUAAAAGUCCUGCUGAAUUAGAACAAUCAUACAGAGGGACAGGCCAAAAAAACCUUGUCAGGAUAAAAAGAAUUUUGAUUAUUUAAAAUAAAAUUUAAGUAACAUUAGGAAUAGAAAAUUUGGCAUCCUUAUGGUCAAAAACAUAGGAUUCAAUUGCAAAAUCAUUGGAAUCUUUCCAAUGGGAAAAUUCGUGGUAAAAUAUGUGUUUCCUAUCUCAAGAUAACAGGAUAAUUAUCUCGUUAUCUUGAGAUAGAAAUAAAACGUUUUCUCCUGAUAAUAUCUCAUUAUCUUGGGAUAACGAGCUUCGUUAUGAUACUGAGAUACUGGGAUGAAAAAAUAUUUGCGAGUGUGGCUUCCGUACAGAACCAAAGAACAGUCAGUUUUUCCAGUUGGAGAGCAGGUGAAAAACUAUGACAAAAAAAAUAUAUAACAAUUCCUCUUCAGUUUGUGACCAUGACAGUCAAAUAUGUUCUAGACUAGAAUUCUUAAAAGGCAGCUAUACUAACUAGAUAACCAAGAAACCUUUGCAUAUUAAGACUGUAACAGCUACACAAGGUACGGUGAACACAUCUGGUUCCCUAUGUGUCUGUGCUCUGUCAAAGUUGGUCUCUCGAUGGAAGAAAAAACCUGUUAUUGCUCAAAACGUGUCAUAUAUUGCCAAAUCGCAUAAACACGCAUCAGUGGAGUGAAAAUACCUCUUAGUUGAGACAGUUGUAGGUGGAUUUGUGACCAUGAGUAUUGUAUAUAAAAUAAAAAGAAAGAUUAGUUAACUCAAAAAAUGUUCUUCUCUUCAGGAGGCUUUUAGUGAUACUGUAACAGUACAGAGAGCCAAAGUAAGAAUGUACCUCAUAGUGAAGAUGUAAGAAAACCUUAGAACCACAUAAGAAAUUACUAACAACCAAGUCCUAUAACAUCCUGUAAUGUUGCUCAGCAGUGAAGAUUGUAUCUAACAGUGUCUAGACAAAGAUUAUACAUUUUUAAAAUCAUUGCUGAUUUAACAAACACUACUGCCUGCAAACCCAAGACCUUUGCAGACUGACCUGAGGCUAGUUGACUGGCUAAUGUGACUAAUCUGUAAGAACAGAAGUAAAGGAAGGGCUGAAUGAUGUGGAGGUCUUUUAGACAGCAGCGAUAACAGAGUAAAUGUUUGAGAGAUGACAUCAUGGAUAAAGGAGAAACCAACAGUUAUGAUGACUAUAGUCGUUCCCUUUUCAGAAAACCAGAGGAAAGAAACCUUCAGUCUGAGAGUUACAGAAGCUGGUGGAGCAGUACUGAGUCCUGAGGUGAUAUCAGGUCUUCUUCUCUCUAUAACACACUGUAGCUCAUUACUAUUAUUCCUCACCAUUACUGGCAGGAGUGUGGAAACAGGAUCACCAUUACCACUGCAGUUUGAGAAACACCAACUUUAAACUGUUACAGUUUGAGGAUGAGAUCUAGUUGAGCCUUUAUUGGAGUUAACCGGCUGCCAUGUUUGGUCUUCUUAUUGUUAAAUGCACCCAUGAUGACAUUAAUGGAGCUUGAUUAGUCAGAGAAAGUGACUCUGUGGCUCCAGCCCCUGCAUUUAAAAUUCAAAUGAACUCAUUUCUAAGAAAUGUCUGUCUAGCUAAAACUCCAAAACUCAAACCUGUGCUGGUCAUGCUUCCUGUAAGCAGCACCUCUGAGCUAAUGCCCUGUCCAGACAUCCAGACUGUUAAAUGUCAUACCACUGAAUGUGUCCAAUGCCUGUUUGCUUUCUGACCACUUUAUAUGCACGUGUAAAUACCAAGUAUUUUAAAGCUUUAACUGUACAGUGUUAUGUUAAUAUAGCCUAUACUGUAAAUAUCUAAGAAUUAAUA